AUGGAGAAUAGCGGGAAGAAAGAUACCAAACAUGUUCCUGAUGAUCUCGUUUACAAUAUCUUUCAGAGACUACCAGGAAAAUCACUUUUGCGUUUAAGAUGCGCCUCUAAAAUGUGGUGCAACAAUAUCGAUGGCAUCUCUUUCGCCAAUUCACACGAAGCAUUAUGUACAGCCGGUGAUGUGGUUUCUGAAGAGCCUCAAGUUCUGUCCGUGCCUUUACUGCUGGGUAGUAUAGUGAAGAAAGUGCAUUCACUUGUUUAUGAUGGUAAUGACAAUCUCAUGAAAAGAAAUGAAUAUCCAAUCCUUGAGUUCUUGUCAAAUAAACAAGGUAGAGACUAUAGGAUCAGUCAAGUUGCUUAUGGUUUAUUAUGUAUUGAAAAAGUCGAUCAUGCACAGGAAACGUUCCUGUGCAAUCCUCUCAGAGGAGAAGUUUUAGAGCUACCAGGGCCGGGUCUGACUAAUAGAGAAUCCAUUGGGCACACGAUGUGGUACGGAAUGGGAUUUGAUUCGACAACUGAUUGGUACAAAGUUGUUCGGAUGUAUUAUGUGUAUGAAGUAUGCGAAUUUGCAGCUGAAGUUUAUACUUUAGGCACAGAUUCAUGGCGACGAAUCGCCACAACUCCCUCUUGUUAUUUAAGUUUACCUGGAGUUUCUGCAUACGGAGACAUGCACUGGAGGCGUCAUGCUUGUAGCAAUGAAAGCGAGGAAGAGCGUGGGAAGAUGAUCCUAACUUUUGAUUUCAAGAAAGAGGAAUUCAAGUGGCUUUCUCAUCCGGACUUCGGAUGUAAACCUUGUGAAGCGUUCAGGUUGAUUAAUCUGAGAGGAUCACUUGCUGUUGUUAGCUUUCCAUCAAAUAUACUCAUUGAGAUAUGGGUGCUGAAAGAUUAUAAAAGUGAGCACUAUUGGGAAAGAGAGCACAAAAUAAUCAUUGAUCAAUUGUGGGUAAGGGAACCAGAAACUGGCAUUAUAAAAUGUGAUAAUGAUUUAUCUUUAUGGAAAAAACAUCACAGAGCAAAUAACACCUUCUCUGCUGGCGUUGGAGCUGCCGGAGUCGGCACUUUGGGACAUGAUGGCAUAUUUUUUGAUACUAACAAUGAUAAAGAAAUGUUUCUUCUUGAUCUACAAACUGAUCGCCUUUGGUACAAGCAAAAGCAAUUCCCAUUGGUAGAGGGUUGUGAAGGAUACAAUUUUCACAAGGAUAUAUUCAAUUACACAGGAAGUGUUCUUUCUCUCAGAAAUUUCGCCAGAAACUAUGGAAUUUUUGAGGAAUCAGUUGAAGAUAUGGAUAGUCAGAAAUACAGUUUUCUGAAGACAGCUCGGCAUGUUUAUAUUUCUCCUUUGUAG